AUGACAAUAAAUAUCAUAAAAGAAGAAGUAUUACACUUACAAACUAUACCAUUAGAUCGGCAACUAAGAAAUAUUAAAACACAUGUGUGGGAAAACCAUUGUAUUAUAUUUAGCCCAAAUGGUUCUUAUAGCCUUUAUGAAUUUGAUGAUGAUGGACAGUGGAAAAAAAUUAUUAUGGUAAACUGCAGUAAUUGGUUCCUAGGGUUGAAAUCUGUUGAAAUCGAUGUAAAUAUCUGCAACAUACUAACACUAAAUGAUCAAGGAUUGAUGUGUAACAGCUUUAAAGACACUUUUAAUGAUAUUAAACGUCUUGAUAAAAUCAAAGCUCCAAUGAUUGUGGAUAAUUUUGAAACGAAAGGAAUUGGUUAUGAAAAUGAACUAGAAUCUCCAAAACGUAUGACUUGGUUAAUGAUUAAUAAACAAAAUGAAUUGAAUGAAAGUAAAAUAGCAUACAGUAAACAAAAAAAUAAAAUCGUUCAAGAUUUUGAAAAAAUAAAAUCAGAACUACUACAUUUAUUUGAAAAAAAUAUCAAUAGACCGGAUUACAUGCAAAUAAAUAUAGAAGAAUUCGAUUUAAAUGUAGAUUAUACACUAAAUUUCAGAAAAAAAUGUAAAUUAGAACGUACAAAUUACGAAGAAAAAAAUCUUAGUGACAUCGACAAUUUUAAAAUAGAAACUGAAAAAAUUAUAAAGGAAAAAUGGGAAAGUUUAUUAAUCAAACCGAAAUCUAUAUAUAGUUUAAAAAAUUUAUAUAAAGUAGACAACUACAUAAUAAGCACAAUAGACCAAGAAAUCACCAAAAAGGCAAAUAGCGUUAUAGAAGAAAGAAUAUUAAACAGAAAUUUGUCAGAUCAAACAUCCCCAGAAGCCUUAAUUUUUGAAGAUAAUUUUGACAUACUUGAUGUUGAAUCAAAUUCGGAAUUAAAUCAUGAUAAUGCUAUUUCAAUAAUAAGUUCAUUAAGUUAUAAGUUUGUUGAAACUAUAAGCGUUCUAAAUUCUCAGUGCAGUUAUUAUAAAUUAGAAAUGGCUGAAGAUGAAAUAUGCUUACUUAAAUUUAUGGUUAACAAAUUAAAACAUAAAUUUAAUGAACUAUUUGAUGAUUUAUUUAUUGAAAAACAACAACAAUUAGAUAAUUUGAAGGAAUAUCAGGACAGAUUACGUGUAAUUGAAAUUGAAUUGAGGUUGGCAUGCAAAGUUGAAUCAGUUGGACCUUUGCCAGUGAAUUAUACGUGGAAUAAAUAUGAACAAACUGAAAAACUCUUAUAUGUAAAUGACGAUGAAGUUCCUGUAGAACCGUACCAGUCUAGUAGUAACGAUAUGUUAACUAAUGAAGAAAAAAACAAUAAGUUGUUAACAUUAGACAACUUUAAACAACAAGCAUUGAUGAUUAUGAUGGAUGGUGUGCUGGAAAAAAGAUGGGAAGAUGAGUUAAAAAAAGAUGUGCCUAAACCACAAUGCAUGUUGAAUAAAAUUCCAGAGGAAUAUACAGCUGAUGAUUUAAAGGCUAUAAAUGGGUAUGAAAAACUAACUUUGAUUCUGAACGAUGAAAGAAUAAAAUAUAAAAAUAGUCUUGAAGAAGAAAAAAUUAAAAUCUACCAUCAUAUUGAAAAAAUUAUAAUUGAAUUUGAUAAUAAUGUAUUUACGCUGUUUCAAAUGAAAUUGAAGUAUAAUUCAGCUAUCAACCAAGAGCAUUUAAAAAUGCUUAGGCUUUCAAAAAUGUUAAGUGAUAGUGAUCAACGAAAACGAAAAAUUAAACAAUACAAAGAAAUCAUUUCGAAGUCAAAAGAAACUAUCGUAGAAAUUGAAAAAAUUGUUGUGGAAACGAAUAAAAAAAUAGCAAUAACCGAGCCAACUUCUUUACUUAAUAUGAUAGAAAUAUUGAAUCAUAAAAACAACAACCUUAAUAAACGUUUUAAAUCUGAGUUUCCUUCUAACUUUAAAUACAAACAAGCAUUAGUCAUUUACAACCGGAGACCUAAAAUGCAUGGUAACCAAAAUCAUUCUUCAUUACUCGGUUACCAAUUUGUCGACAGUAUAAUGGAUCCAACAGAUAAUAAACUAAAUAUUUUGACCACAGAAUUCGUUCAAUAUUUAGAUACACUCGACAUGUACGACGACUAUAACUAUGUAAUAAAAAAUGAUCUGAAAAUGAGCAUAGCAACUUGGCAAAAAGUUUGCAAUUUUAGACGUAUGAAAAUUGAAUGCGAAUUUAAUAUCAAUACUUGUCAAAAACAUGCAACAGAUAUCGACUAUUUAUUGGAAAGCUUAAAUAAUAAUAAAAAAUACAAGGAAAAAAUGAUUGAAGAAUUAAAGACGUCAAUAAUUAGAUUGGAAAAUCAAUAUUUAAAUUAUAAAGAUAACCCCGAGAUUCAAUUAGUAAUAAAGCAAGGAAACGUUGAAACUGUUCUAACGGGAAACUUCGGUGAUUUUGAAAAUACAUCACUUAUUUCCAAAAAUACUCUAGAUGAAGUGAACACUGAAAUUAAAGAAAUGGGUAAUUCUAAAAUUGAAGCCGUAUCUAAUUUACUUAGAUUCAAAUGCAGACAUCGGUUAUUAGAAUGGGAAUAUGAGAUGUUAAAUCAUAAGACUCAAUUAUAUACAUUUCGUUAUGAUUUUAUAAAAUCAAUAAAAAUUACCGAAAAUAUGUUAUAUUAUUUCAAGUUCAAAAUAAAAGGAAUAAAUAUUACUGAACAAGCUGAACAAAAUUUAGUUAAAGAACUAUCUGCAAUUAAAUUUACUUACUUAAAGAAAAAAGAAAAUCUAAAUCUGAAAUUAAAUGAUCUGUAUAAAAUAGCAAGUAAAACUAAAAUAAGAAAUAAAAAAGCUGACGAAGAUAUUGACCAAAUGAAAUUGGAAUUAAAUGAGUUAAAGUGGAAUAUCAAUUUCAGUUUGAAUGAUAAACUGAUACAUCAUAGUGGUGAAAAAAUGAAAAAUAUAGUGAAAUUUUCCAAUAUAAAUGUUAAAGUUAAAAAACUACUCAAAGACAUUGCGAUAUUGAAGAUAGAAUUGGAAUUACUGCUUCUCAAAGGAUUUCCAACUAAAUAA